GGCAGCGAGCUGGGGCAGAGUGAGGACAGGGGCUGGGGCCUGGAGCACGGACAUCCCCCGGACGCCCGUUUGGGCUAUGCGGUGCAUUGAGUCAGGGUCCCAGCACAUCCCUGUUACAAUGUCCUGGUGGUGCUGGCAUCACCACCCCACAUCAGAGGAGUAAACUGAGGCUCCACGCAGGAAGGGAAUGACUUGUCACUUCGCAAAGUCUGGCCAGAACCAGACACCGUGUUCCAUCCACCUUGAGGCAGGUCCUGCUGCCUGGUGCUGACCGUGGCCCCACUGGCCCUGACACUCAGGGCCCUGGCUGCUCUUAUGCAAGGGGGCCCUCAUGGCUUUUCAAAUUCUCUUUUCUGAGGUUCCAGAGAGGCCUCUGAUUCCCAUGGAGGGCUCAAGAGGCCCCAGACACAGAAACAGAAGAAAAGGAAUGUUUGGGGUUUUCCUUUUUCUUUUCCAAAGGACCCCUCUACAGGUCCUCUACAGGUGGCUGUGGUCAGGGCUGGAUGUGCCCAGCCAGCUUUCUAACCUUGGCCCCUCUGUCGCCCACUGCCUAGAUAGUCAGCUGUCAGGUGGACCCGGUCCCCAGCCACACCCAGCGAGCAGCUCCUCUCCAGCCUGCAAGGUGGAGGCUGUGCAGCCAGGCCCAGCCUGGUCUUGGGGAUGUCACGACCGGGCGGUCCUGCUGUACGAGUACGUGGGCAAGCGGAUCGUGGACCUGCAGCACACGGAGGUUCCCGACGCCUACCGUGGGCGCGGCAUUGCCAAGCACCUCGCCAAGGCCGCCCUGGACUUCGUGGUGGAGGAGGACCUGAAGGCCCACGUCACGUGCUGGUACAUCCAGAAGUACAUCGAGGGCGUCAACAGUGUUCCUGAUGAGCAACAGCGGACUCUGAGCUGUGACCUGAAUUCCUGUUAA